AGUCACAAAUUGGUCACAAUUUGUGACUCUAUUUCAUUAGUCAUAAGCCUAUUUGGUUUUUGAAAGCCAAAAACAUAAAAUUUUGAUUUGUAAUCAUUGACAUUGUAAUUAAAGAGUAAAAAAAACAAGUUCAGAGAAGAAACAAAUACAUAUAAGAAAGAAAAUUUGAACAAUAUACAACCAGACCGAUAAAAGAGGAUUCAUAUAAUUUAACUAUAUAUCUGAAAAAACCUCCUAGACACAGAAAUCAAGACACUUUUUACAUCCAUGUUUUCCGACGCCGGUAGAGCAAUUGCUCGCCGGCGUCAGGAUCUAUCUAACCCCUUUAAUCUCUCUUACUCUUUGUUAAGCUUUUGAAACCUUUUAAUUGGUUUAAUAUUGUGCAACUCCCAUCAAAAUCCAGUGUCUUCCUCAGCUCUGGCCCUCUUCUCCAACGAAACCAACACCUGCAAUGAAGGAAGGAAGCGAGCUCCGGCGAGUCCCUUCCUGACCCAUCCUCCAUUCGCAGCAUCCAUUCCGAAGUGGAUAACAGAGCUCUUUCUUGAAUCCAAUGGCACAACUAUUUACAAACCUGAGUCUAGUCUCAGCUUACUGCUUAGACCCUCCAUAUAUGGAUUCAUAACACCCUCUGACGACGAAUCUGUUCACCAGACAUCGUCGGCUUUAAGGGCUUCACUCCACCUGUGCUUCUAUCGGGAAGUUUUUUCAUGUCUGUGGAGGCUGAAAUCUUCGGCCACACUGCCGAUAAGGGUGAUGGCAAACAGAGGAAAACCCUAAUUGCUGCAGUGGUCUCCCUUACUGCACCUGGCCCAUUAUCCCCUUGCUUGUUUGCUUACCCAAUUUUGUGGAAGCCCACCUAUAUGAUAAGUGAUCCAUCAAACUUAUUCAUAUAGGCCCAGGUUGGUUUUAUUUCCUUAUUCACAAACCUACUCUAAUUUGUCAUCUCCUUAUGCUACUAGUAGCCCUGAGACUUACUAUCCGCUAUCUGGGAUCCGAUCCGAGAUCCGCUUGCUCCGCUCCGUAAAACAGGAUAUCCGGGUCGGGCGGAUCCGGAUCCGGAUAUUAAAUUUAGAUAUCCGGCAAAUCCGGAUAUCAAAACAUAUGAGAGCCGGAUAUCCGGAUAUAUCCGAAAUGCUUAUAUUAUAAGUCAGACUUGGGCUUUUGGGUUUAUUAAACGUAAACAUAUCCUAAAGUCCAAUUAUUUUGUUAAAUAUAUCAAAAGCCCAUCAGCUCAAUACAAAACUCAAAAUGACGAAGAGAGAAAAAUGGUGUUAUUAGGGUUUCAUCUUUAACUUUGUCGUCAUCAUCAACAACCGCUGCUUCAGUGCUUCUAGUUGCGAUUUGUACCACUCACCACCAGAAGAGAGACAGAGAUAGACAACACGGAGGGGAGAGAAAGAAGGUCUUCGAUUUCAAUGGUGCUUGUCGAAACGUUCUUGAGAAGUUUACGGCGGCGAUUUGGAUAGCGCUACCGUAGAUCUGGGUCGUUAGCUCGAGAGGGCGAUAUAGAAGGUGAGUAUUGGCCGGAGAUUGGGUGAUUUCCUUUAACGUCACCUCGAUCUAUGGUUUCACGGCGAGAACAGCGGCUUCAGAUCUCUGCUUGAGGGUCAAAACAAGAGAAGAAAAAAAAUUUGACUUGGGAAACGAACGGAUCCAGAUAUCCGCGGAUAUCUGAGUUUUUAACGGGUAUCCGACUACCGGAUAUCCGGGAUAUUCGGAUACGGAUUCGGAUAGUGAUAUUGUGUAUCCGCCGGAUACGGAUCCGGAUCCGGAUACCUCCAAAAACCCCGGAUAUCCGGAUCCGUCUCAGGGCUAGCUGCUAGUAAAGACAAAAGACAUCUUUCCUACAAUAUUUGGCUUUCGAUUAUUAGUUUAGGGAAUAAUCUAAUAUACUAAAGGAGAAAUCGAGAGGGCUCACAGCCAAUCUCACAAAAUUUGACCUCUCUUGCCCUUAAUGAAAAAUACCCCUGAAAAUUUUUCGGACAAGCUUUUGUUCUCUAUUUAGAUUGCUGAAACGCACCACAUUCAUCCUCAGACUUAAGAUUACUAAUUUGCCAUUAAUGAGAAUCCAAUCUGGACGUUUUUACCCUUCAAAUUAAUUAAGAAAAUAAUUAAAAGUCUAAAUUAUUAAAUAUCUAAUCUAUAUAAUCGUCAAAACGUGAUUUUAUAAAUUUAAAAACGCUAAAACCUAAAAUAAUGGGCUUUAUAAAAAACCCAACCAAAAUAUACCGACCUAUUCGAAACCCUAAAAUUAUAGGUUGUUAACUAAUAUAUAUAUAGGUACAACCCUAAUCAUUCUCCAUAAUCCAAAAUCUUUAAAUGAGAGAAAACCCUAAUUUUCUCUCAUGUUCUUCAAAUUAUAUAUGUAUUAUAGUUUUGAUGAUCGCUUAUAUGGUUCUUCGUAUUCAUGUUCGUGUUCUAAUGAUUCAUAUCCACUUUCUGUAGUAUUUGUUUGGAACGCAGGUUUGAGCAUUACCAAAACUUUGAGUGAGUUAGUAAAUGGUCGUGAUCUUAGUUCUAUGUUCCCGCACAAGAAAUCUAGUUGCAGGAAAGCUUCCGAAGAUGAUCAUAUAAAUGAGAGAUGUUUGGUGGAGGUGGCGAGGACUAUCGAAAUUUCUUAUUUGAAAUCUGCAUCUUCAUCCAUGCUAAAAGAUGAAUCUACCAAUGAUCGUAUGGCAAAAAACAGAAAGACUGUGAAUGGUGCUAAUAAUAUCCCAGAAGUUAUGAUUAGAGAUGCAGAGUCAGCAAUACAACGUCUUUCGGCUAUUGUUCGAGAAGCUAUUGAUCGCAAAAAAUCAGAGUCGUUACUUUUCCAUUUAAACUACACGAAAGCGUAUGGAAGAAGAUAUGAUUGGUGUCAUUGCAAAAAUUCAGGCGUGAAGAAAGGAGGAAGACGAAAUUUAGAGAAUAGUAGGAUGAAUGUUAUGAGAUCUUAUAAUCGUAUUUUUAUUGAUAUUGUUUUAGAUGAAUGAAUAUUUGAUGAAAUAGAAAA